AUGCCUAAUUUUGUUACAGACGCCGCCGCUGGGUUCAAGAACGCUGGUGCGUAUGAUGCGUAUCGGCCGUCUUACAGGCCCCAGAUCGUCGACGGAAUUCUUCAGAAUUUAGGACUUGCAGGCAAGAAGAAUGCUCGAAUUGUAGACAUUGCAGCAGGAACUGGCAAGUUUACCGAGGUCAUCGCAGCUCGAGACGAGCAUUUCGAGGUUAUUGCCAUUGAACCCGUUGAGUCGAUGCGAACUACUCUCGCUGCCAAAAAUCUCGGCAUUGAGGUUCGAGAUGGUCUGGCGACCAGUCUUGGUCUGCCCGAGGCUUGGGCAGACGGCGUCACGAUAGCUCAGGCUUUCCACUGGUUUGACAAUGAAGAAGCACUGGCCGAGAUACGCCGUGUUUUGAAGCCCGGUGGCAAGCUCGCUCUGGUCUGGAACAUUGAAAACUAUAAUCAACCGGCCUCGUGGACGACAUCGACUGAAUGGGAAAAUUCAAUCAAACAAAUAAUCAUCCAGCUGCCGGGCAUGGGUCCGAACCGCUUCCGUGACGAGAAAUGGCAGCAAGUGUUUGAGCAGCAAGCCAAAAAUGCGACUCCCAUGUUUUCAACCCCGAUUGAGACGGCAUCGGUGCCCUUUACGCUGUGGCUCAAGCCUGACGCUCUGUGGGAUCGUAUAAACACACUGAGCCAGGUUUCAAUCCUGGAGGGCGCUGACCGUGACGCUUUUGUGGCCGCAUUCAACAAGGCUGUCAAGGAAGGCGAUGGCGAGUGGAACGACAAGGGAGAGAUUGCUUUUCACGGCCAUACCUAUUACGCCUGGACGUCGCGCCUAUAG